GUGACCAAGGGGCAACUGAGGAAACGGAAGAACUAUGGGGGGUGUCACUGGAAAAAGAACAGUGUGGAAAGAGGGAACAGCCAGCAAGGAAAGCAAAAGCAAAUCAGGGGAGGGAAAAACCCUUUGCUUCCCAGGGCAGUGGCCGCCUUGAAAUCGCAACCCCAGAAACAACCGAUAAAAGGAAGACCAGUCAGUGCCUCGUGUGUCAGAAAAGCUUCAGUUCUAGGUCUAAACUCAGAGCUCAUUGCAAAAUCCACAAAGGGGAGGAACCCUAUAAAUGCUGGGAGUGCGGAAAGAGCUUCAGUUGGUUCAUAAACCUCAGCAGGCAUCAAAGAACUCACACGGCGGGGAAAGUGCACCCAUGCCUGGAGUGUGGAAAGAGCUUCAGUUCGAACUCGGACCUUAGGAAGCAUCAGAUAAUCCACACGGGGGAGAAACCCUAUAAAUGCCUGGAGUGCGGGAAAAGCUUCAGUCGCAGCACAACCCUCAUCGUGCAUCAAAGCCUCCACACUGGGGAGAAGCCGUACCGAUGCCUGGAGUGUGGGAAGAGCUUCAGUCAGAAGAUGUACGUCACUCGUCAUCAGAGAAUUCACACUGGGGAGAAACCCUAUAAAUGUGGGGAGUGUGGGAAGAACUUCACGGUGAGGACGAGCCUGACUGCUCAUCAGAGAAUUCACACAGGGGAGAAACCGUAUAAGUGUGCAGAGUGCGGGAAGAGCUUCAGUCACAACUCAAGCCUAACUAUGCAUCAGAGGACUCACAUGGCUGAGAAACCGUACAAAUGCUCGGAAUGUGGAAAGAGUUUCAGCGUCAAAAUUAGUCUUACUUAUCACGAAAGGAUUCACACAGGGGAGAAACCGUAUACGUGCUCGGAGUGUGGGAAGAGCUUUAGUCAGAGCUCAGCCCUCUCCACACAUCAGAGAAUUCACACGGCCGAGAAACCCUAUAAAUGCGCCGAGUGUGGAAAGAGCUUCAGUCAGAAUGCCGACCUUAUUACCCAUCAGAGAAUCCACACAGGGGAAAAGCCAUAUAAGUGCUCGGAGUGCGGAAAGAGCUUCCGUUUGAGCACGGGCCUCAGUAACCAUCACCGGAUUCACACAGGGAGAAACCCUACGAAUGCCUGCAGUGUGGGAAAAGCUUCAACAACAGCACAACCCUCAGUAUGCAUCAGAGGACUCACGCCGAAGAGAAACCGUAUAAAUGCUUGGAGUGUGGAAAGAGCUUCUGUUCGAGCACAAUCCUCAUGUACCAUCAAGCGACUCACUCGGAGGAGGAGCCCUAUAAAUGCUCGGAGUGCGGAAAGAGCUUCAACCUGAACAAAGACCUCACUUCUCAUCAGAGAAUCCACCGAGAGGAGAAGCCCUACAGAUGCCUGGAGUGCGGAAAGAGCUUCAAUCAGAAGAUUAAUCUCACGUUUCAUCAAAGAAUCCACACAGGGGAGAAGCCGUAUCAAUGCUCGGAGUGCGGAAAGAGCUUCAGUCGAAGCACACACCUUACAUGUCAUCAGAGAAUUCACUCGGGGGAGAAACCGUAUAAAUGCCUCGAGUGCGGAAAGUGCUUCAGUUCGAGCUCAAACCUCAGUAAGCACCAAGUGACUCAUUCCGGGGAGAAGCCCUACAAAUGCUCCGAGUGCGGGAAAUGCUUUAAAAGGAGAUCAUACCUCAGUAAGCAUCAGAGAACUCAUGAAGAGGAGGAAGUAUAG